GCACACUUCCUCCGUCUUCCUCGGAGUUCAUAAGAAUGGCGGCCGCAGCGCGCUAAGAGCUUCUGCUUUGGACACUUUGGACUUCGACGUAUAGAUACGAGUUCACAACACUGAGCACAGUAUCGCAGGAUAUACCGGCCAUCCACUCUUAGAGGACACUGUAACUGGAAUGCUGGACACUGAGUCCCCUGCCAUGGAGAGCAAUGGGGAUGCCUUUCUUCCUGAUUUAGGCCAAGCUGCUGAAUGGUCCUUGGACCAGGUUCCUCCAGAGCCGCAGGCCAACAUAUUGCCUGACGAUUCAGACUCUUCUCAGGAUAUGCCAGUGGAAGAGCAGCAACAGAGUCCACAGAUGAACUCCACGGAGCUGGGAUCUGUGGAAAAGGCUGUGGAACAGUUUCAGCUUGCUAAUGCGCCGCUCUUCCAAGAAGAGCAGCCACCUCCCCCACCACCACCACCUCCUCCUCCACCUCCUGUAGAAGAGGCAGAACCUGUAGAAGAGGCAGAACCUGUAAGCGCUCAGCCAGAGGCUGCUGUACAGGACAUUAAUCAAGACGCAGGAGGAAUUGAAGAAACACAGAUGACGGAGGAUGGCAUGGAACUGGAGGAACCUUCCAAAGAAGUGACACAAGAAUCAGACGUUCCUGCAGAGCAAGAGCUACCUUCAGAGUUUGAAAGACUUUACAAAGCAUGUGAAGACAACCCAGAAGACUUCAAUUCUUGGGUUGCUCUUUUACAAUAUGUGGAGCAAGAAAAUCUCCUUGUAGCUGCAAGAAAGGCAUUUGAUGUGUUCUUUCUACGUUAUCCCUACUGCUACGGCUACUGGAAGAAAUAUGCAGAUCUUGAGAAAAAGCAUGGAAAUAUACAGGUUGCAGAGGAGGUGUACAGAAGAGGCUUACAAGCUAUCCCUCUCAGUGUGGAUCUUUGGCUUCACUACCUCACCUUUAUUAAAGAAAACUCUGAUCCUACUGACCCAGAGACUGAGGGGCGCAUUAGAGCCUCCUAUGAACAUGCAGUGCUCGCAGCAGGCACCGACUUCCGCUCCGAUCGUCUGUGGGAAUCUUUCAUAAACUGGGAGACAGAACAACAGAAGCUGGGUAACGUCACUGCCAUCUACGACCGUAUCUUGGGUAUUCCAACCCAGCUCUAUUCCCAGCACUUUCAGAGGUUUAAGGAGCAUGUGCAGAGCAACCAUCCCAGAUACUUCCUGACAGAAGAAGAGUUUGUUCAGCUCAGACUUGAGCUCUCCAAAACAAGCUUAUCUGCCGUGGUUGGUGAAGAUGGAGAGACGAAUGUUGCUCAGGAGGAGCUUCCGCCCGGUACAGAGGAUCUUGCAGAUCCUGCUAAGAGAGUAACAGAGAUCGAGAACAUGCGCCACAAGGUGAUUGAGGUUCGGCAGGAAGUGUUCAACCACAAUGAGCACGAAGUCAGCAAGCGCUGGGCCUUUGAAGAAGGGAUCAAGAGACCGUACUUCCACGUCAAAGCCUUGGAGAAGACACAGCUGAACAACUGGAAGGAGUACCUGGACUUUGAAAUCGAGAAUGGGACGCCGGAACGCGUGGUGGUUCUAUUCGAACGAUGCCUCAUCGCCUGUGCUCUCUACGAGGAGUUCUGGAUCAAGUAUGCAAAAUAUAUAGAGGCCUUCAGCACUGACGGCGUGAGACAUGUGUACAAGAAGGCGUGUAGCAUCCAUCUGCCCAAGAAGCCAGCCAUCCACCUGUUGUGGGCAGCAUUUGAAGAGCAGCAGGGCAACAUAGAGGAGGCUCAAGGAAUCCUGAAGUCGUUGGAGACAACCAUCCCAGGUCUGGCCAUGGUGCGUCUUCGGAGAGUCAGCUUGGAGCGACGCCAGGGUAACUUGGAGGAAGCUGAGAAACUGUUACGGGAGGCGAUGGAGUCGGCAAAAAAUGCUACCGAGACGUCGUUCUACGCUGUGAAGCUGGCGAGACAACUCAUGAAGGUGCAGAGAAGUCUGAGCAAGGCCAAGAAGGUGCUGCUUGAAGCUAUUGAGAAUGACCAGACAAGUUCUAAACUUUAUCUAAACCUGCUUGAGCUGGAGUACAGUGGAGAUGUGACGCAGAAUGAGGCUGAGAUCUUGGCUUGUUUUGACCGUGCUCUGACCAGCCCAAUGGCCCUGGAAACCCGUUUGCUGUUUGCCCAGCGCAAGGUGGAGUUCCUGGAAGACUUUGGAAGUGACAUUAAUGUACUUGUGACUGCAUACCAGGAGCAACAGAACCUACAAAAAGAAAGCGACAACGCAAAGAGGAAGGCUGAGAACGGCUAUGACAGCUCUACGGAACCAGAUGCUAAAAGACAGCGUGUAGACGAUAGUUCUGCAGUAGCAGCAAACGCAAUGACGGACAUGCAGGCGAACAACUCAGCGUACAACUACAACUGGUACCAGCAACAAUAUGGAGGUUGGGGACAAAAUUCCUGGGGGCAAUACAACCAAUAUGGCCAGUACAGCCAGUAUUACCCGCCACCUCCUACAUGAUGGACAAAGUUCUCGAGUGAAGAUUAAGACUCAUCUUUUCUGACCUUCCUGAAUCUGGAAUACAGCAAAUUAUCCGUCAUGGAGAUUUCAAUUUAACCACAAACCACACAGGCUUCUUUUUUGUUUUGUUUUGUAAUUUCUUUCUGGUUUAGUUUGCUAGUCAUUAAAAACGUAUGCUGAAACCCUGUUUUAUAGGAUAGAUUUGGACCUCUGGAAGUAAAAUCUCAUUUUCUAAUUGAAAUUAGUAAUUGCUACAGAAUGCUACAUUAUUUCCGACAUUCUUUUGGGUAAAUAAAUGCAUGUAAUGUGUGAAGGCAGAUUUAUUUUUCUGUGAUAAAGACUUUUUAAUUUUCUGAUCAAAUGACUUUGGUCUCUUUGUUUUGAUUCAGAUGUGUAAAGCAGGCAUUCAUUAGUGUGUGUCAUGUUUCAAAAUUUUAAUUAUUCAUGCUUGUUUCCACAAAGAGCGAUGAGAAGUUCCUUUUACCCCUUGUUUUUUAUUUUGGAUUCGUUUCAUAAUAAAGAGAUUGAUACCCUUAA